GAUCCUUGAGCAUCCAACAAAAGCAACUGACUAAUGAUGGCAUAAGCAACGAAAUUACGAAAUCAUCGAUUGACUGCUGCCUAAGAACACAAUCCUUUCCCUCAACAACAUCCCCAUCGCAUCAGUUUCAGUGCCUCUCAUCGCCGGCGAAGAAGCUGAGAUUUUUAGUUUUCGCUCGAAAUCCAAUUUUAAGCUUCCUAUUCCUAUGGUAAGAGCAGAGGAAGCAAUUGAGCAUUUGAUGCGGCGGCACUGAAGAGCGGAGGGAGAGGAAUUGAGCUUGGGUGGUUUUGUUGGGAUAAACUCAUGAAGAUUAGAGGAGGAAUGAUAAUAAGAUGAGGAGGCGGAGAUAGAGAUGAGCGCGAAUGAGUGAGCUCUCGAAGAGGUGGCGGAUAGUUUUAAAUAAUUUUGUUUAGUGUCCAUUUUAUCAAAAUGAAAUCUUUGGUGGCCAAAUACAAGUGUAUUAUCUUAUCUGGAUUUAGACCUCCGGCCACUCCUUGUUCGACUCUUUGCUCUACACAGCGGCACAGCGUACAUCAAUGGCAGCGGCGGCUGCCUCCAUGCUGAAAACAACCUUCUUCAUCCUUAAACCCACAUACAAAAUUCCAAUCUCCUCCUCUCUGUUUCAAUCGCCUUUCAUCCGAUCGAUACCCAACAAACGAACCCUACACUACAACAACCGACGGCAUUACCAAUUGACCCGCAAAUUCUGCUCUUCACAAUUAACCCAAGAGCAAUCCCACACCAGUCGCUCCAACGUCAUCGAAAUACUUGAAGAAAGAGGCCUACUUGAAGCCAUCACCGGCGAUAACCUCCGUUCAAUUUGCACAGAUUCAUCUCUUCGGGUCUACUGCGGCUUCGACCCUACCGCCGAAAGCCUCCACCUUGGUAACCUCAUCGGAAUCAUCGUCUUGUCAUGGUUCCUCCGAUGCGGCCACUCCGCCGUCGCCCUCGUUGGAGGCGCCACCGGUCGGGUCGGUGAUCCAUCCGGUAAGUCCCUCGAACGCCCUGAACUCGAUAUCGCAUCCCUAGAACGAAACAUCGCGGGUAUCUCCGAUAUAAUCCUGAAAGUCCUCGGGCAUAUAUCAACCGAUAACAAUUCAAUCAAGGUUUUGAACAAUUACGAUUGGUGGAAAGACGUGAAAUUGCUCGAUUUCUUGAAAGACGUCGGGAGAUUCGCUAGGGUUAACACAAUGAUGGCUAAAGAAAGUGUGAAAAGAAGAUUAGAAGCCUCCGAUCAAGGUCUAAGCUACACCGAAUUCACUUACCAGCUCUUACAAGGCUACGACUUCGUUCACUUGUUCAAAACCGAAAACAUCACAGUUCAAAUCGGCGGAUCAGAUCAAUGGGGAAACAUCACUGCUGGAACUGAACUAAUUCGAAAGCUUCAUCAAUCCGAUUCUGCUUAUGGUCUCACAUUCCCUCUGUUACUAAAAUCCGACGGCACAAAAUUCGGGAAAUCAGAAGACGGGGCAAUCUGGCUUUCACCAUCGAUGCUAUCACCUUACAAAUUCUACCAGUAUUUUUUCUCAAUUCCUGAUUCCGAUGUUGUGAGAUUCUUAAAGAUUCUUACGUUUUUGAGCUUGGAUGAGAUCAAGGAGAUUGAAAUCGAGAUGAAAUCAACCGGGUAUUUGCAGAAUUCUGCACAGAAAAGGUUGGCUGAAGAGGUGACGAGAUUUGUUCAUGGGGAAGAUGGAUUACAGGAGGCGAUUAAGGCUACUGAGGCUUUGAAACCAGGGUCUGAGACCCGAUUGGAUUGGAAGACGAUUGAGGGGAUUGCUGAAGAUGUUCCUUGUUGUUCUUUGAGUUAUGAUGAGGUUUUGGAUCUUGGUGUUGUUGAUUUAUCAGUUUCUACUGGAUUGAUUGAGAGUAAAUCGGCUGCAAGGAGGCUGUUGAAGCAAGGUGGAUUGUAUUUGAAUAACGGGAGAGUUGAUAACGAAGGAAAGAAGAUUAGUGUUGAUGAUAUUGUGGAUGGGAAAGUUCUGUUGUUGUCUGCUGGAAAGAAGAACAAGAUGGUUGUAAGAAUUGCAUGAGGGUUAUUGCACAUAUGUUUUUCUUUCCAUUUUUGGUACUUUCUAGUUUCUACAUUGGAUUGACUAGAAAGAUAAAUUUUAGUUAUUGUGCAAUUCCCCUGGAGGAAUUUUAAAUCAACUUGAAUGGUUUUUCGAUUUUUCACAUGAAAGAUUAUUUGCACCAUGAUGCCUUUUGUAA